AUGGCCUUGCAUCUGAAUUCCAAUCUGAAGGAUUUAAAGAUUGUGGAGAUUGAGUUGAAGUACAAACUUGCUACGAAAGACGCAAGCAACUUUGAGGACACCAUUGAUAUCUUGAUUUCGAGCGCCUUUGCGGUAUUCCAUGCGCGAGCUGUGCGGCCCAUACUAGGCGUGCCACCAAACAUGCCGCACCAUUGUCGGGAAAGGGUUGAAAAGAGCUGCAAUUACCUCGAAAUUCUCAACCUGCCCGAACGGGAUUCUAAGAUCGAGCAUUUCAUCGUCAUACCGGAUCGGCUCGAGGAGGACAGUUUGACGCAAGUACUGGCGGAUUUUCUUUCGAGCGGAGAUCUUGGAAAUCAAGACUGCUAUUUUGUUGUCCUCGGAUUCCGAGAUGCCGCAGCAGAAUUCGCUUCGCUGCAAACCCAUCUGACAAGAAUUCGGGAUAAGUUAACCAAAGACUACCAACGGGACGGACACAACGCGGCGGCUAGAGGAAUUGUCAGCAUUGCUACCGGUCUUGGAGGUGUUACCCUUGGCCUUGCCCGUGCCCUUGGCUGUUUAAGUGGUGAUGAAAUCGCUCUAGUCGGUGGCAACCCGUGGGGCUCCCUUGGUUUAUUCCUGGCGACCUCGGUGGUUGGAGGUUUCUUUGCAAGCAUCGUCUACUUGGAGAGGCACCGCAAAGCCUCCGAAAAGUUGGAAGGCCUAAAAAAUGUGGAAAACGCGCUCUCGGCGGUCGCGGAGGGGAUCAAAGAGGCCCAGGCUGCGGCUGUCAGUUUAUAUUGCUCCAGAGUCCACCAAGUACCCCUAGAAUGCAUGGGCCGAGCCAAAAGGGCUGAGAUCUACUCAAGAUUUGGGGUCUAUCAUUAUGGAAGCAGCCUAAAAUCGCCAGGCUCCGAAGAUGGAUCGAUGAGACCCGCGUUCGAGCGGUUCACCGAGAAGGUGAGGGAGCUGUUCGACAGCAUUGACAAAUUGACGAAGGGUGCCCAGAUCAAGGUGCUGCCGAUCGGAAAGUCCGAGGAUGAAGAGGAGGCUCUUUACCAUCAUUGA